AUGAAUUCGCUCAUUGGUCUAUUCAUAAUAACUGCUCUCCUGAGCAGUCAAAUCAACGGUCGUUUCGUACUCGACGAUGACCACGAUGAUUAUCAACGAACACGAAACGAAGAUUCUGAACAGUGGCUAUCAUUAGCAUCACCGUCAUUUUCAAAACGAGCAUUGCAGGACACGGAAGCAUUACCAUUCCUUUUCACAAUGUUCAGUAUCGACGAUGAUAUAGGGGAUCAAUUUACUGAAAUUGUUAGUCACUUUGGUGAACAAGAAGGUAAACCGUUUAGUGACGUUAUGUCAGGAGCCAUAGUAACGGCAAUGCAACCGAUAUGUCCAGAACUAUUCCUUGCGGAAAAAUCAACUAUCGAUGGCGGUCAGAUGGAAAUGAUGAAAAUGAUUCAUGAUAUAGAAGUUAAAAGAUUUCUCCAGAAAUUGAAUGCAAAUGAUCGAAAUGUAUUCGAUAGUGUAUUUAAACACAUGAAAACACAAGAAAAUGCAGCAAAGGCAUGUAAAUCCGUAUAUAAAAUGCUUCCCAAAAAGCCGACUGUUUAA